AUGCAGGCCACGGGACUAGCGCCUAGCAAUGAGUCGACAGACACCAUUGCCACAGGUGGACAGGACGCCUGGAGUGACUCAGGGAGUACAUCAUCAAAGUCGCGGAUGAUGGCAUCGCUCGAUCCACCAGUGCGCGCGACCGCUCGUGGCGACAUCAUACCUGUUCGGCAACCGAAGACCUCGGGGCCUCAAGGCCUUCAGACCGCACGCAAAGGCUUGCGGCGUGCUCUAACGUACUUGACUGACUUGAAGUCCGAAGAGAACUCCUACAUCGAAUCCGCGCUGUCACAGCGCAAAAAGGCACUUUCGCAUUUGGGCAACCUUUGCAGUCGUAAAGAAAGCAUCUCUGCAGAGCUUCGUAGCCUUGCAGACAAUGAGGAAGAGCCGCUGGGCAAAGAGCUUCGAGACCUUGGCGACCAGCAUGAAUCCUUGGGCCAGGAGAUUCGUGAGUUAGAGGAGAAGCUCGUUGGCAUGAGAAACAGGCAUCGAUGGCUCGAACGUAAAAUGGCGGAUGUCCGCAAUCGCCGAGAGGCCGGCUUGAGCGGGUACAGAGGUGCGCUGAAGGAGGUCGAGGGCGAGGUUGCGUCUUUACUCCACCGGCCCCCCAUUGAGCCUCUCGAUCCCGACGUAGUCGAGGCUGUAUCACGUACAGACCCUGGAUCAUCUUACGGGGCGAACGAUUUGCCUGGGGGCGCUGAUUUCUUUCGCAUGAUACCCGCCCGGCGUACGCUUAGCAUGGCAAAAGACUGGUGGGAAAGUGAGGUCGACUUUUUGGAGCGACGGAAGGCCCAGGUUGACAAGGAUCGUGAGGCACUCGACCAGGGCACGGCAUUGUGGCAGGAAACCGUCGAUCUCAUCACCACGUUCGAGGCCGACCUGCGGAAGUCACUAAGCAGCGGCGUGAAUGAGAAGGGCAAACAGACCCCGCGGAUGCAGGAAGAGGCCGUUCAGUCGAUGCUACCCAGGAUGGGCAAGGUGAUCCUGGAGCUCGAGGAACAUAUGCGGACUGCGGAGAAGAACAGCUGGAACCUCCUGAUAUGCGCCAUCGGCGCUGAGCUCGAGGCGUUUAGAGAAGCUGAGCGCUUGCUUCGUAGCAGCCUCCCGCAACCCAGGGCGGAGGUUGGUGAUGUCGAGGAACCCUGGCCAAAUGAUGAAGGCCAACAAGAACGCAACGAGAAGGAUGCCGAUGCCGUCGAGACGAAUUCUGUUGGUAGCCACCACGACGAGAGUGACAACGAAGUACCGCCUGAUUUGCUCGUAUCGCACCUCGAAGAGCAUGACGACGCACAACCACACGCCAAGCCCAUUGGAGCUUCCUCGAGACGAGACAGCGACAACGAAGUGCCGCCAGAGUUCUUGGCUGAGCACAGUCUGUAG